UCGUACUAAAGUUGUUCAUGAAGGAUAUUGUGUGUAUUUGCCGGUAACACGAGGGAAGACCUAUAUAACUGUACCAUCGUGUCUGGGUCAGGGGGCGGGACACCACGACGUUAUAGUAUACACUGUAUAUCGGACAGGUGUAUUUCAUUCCAACUCGACGAGUUACCGUGUGCACGCAUCAUCAUCAUUAUCAUCAUCAACAUCAUCAACAAUAUAUAUUAUCAUCAAAAUUCAUCGCUAAAUCUAAAUACAAUUCAGUCUUCACACUACUGUCUUUGGAUUAGUUGUAUUUACAUCAACAUUUAUCAACAAAUUAAUUUAUUUUUUAAACGUGUUUAGUUUAUUAAUAUAUUUUAAUGAAUUAAUAAUUUUUUUUUAUAUUUAAAUUUUAUUAAUUGUUUAAAUAAAAUUGUGUGGAACAAUAGUGUGCACGUGAAUAUUUUUUUUAGUGAAGUGAUUUGCCAAGUUCUACACGAGUUUCUGAUCUUUUUUUUCAAAAAGUUUAAUUGGAAGAAUAUUUUUUUCGACUUUUUGGUCACCGUGGAUGUCAACACGGAAUGCGGUUAAAUAGUGUGAUUCUAGUAUGUCUCCUACUCGGAGGGGUGACAAGAGCUGAAGAAGUUGAAGUUGUCGAGGCAAUAUCCGGUGAAGAAAAUCGAAAUGAUAAUACGGGAAUGAAUCGACAAGAUACUGAUUCAAAUACAGUUGAUCAAUUGGCUUUAGAAUCAUUAAAUGAUAAAGAAAAUACUGGUACAUCAUCAUCAUCAUCAAAUCAAUAUAAAAAUGUUGGUUUACGUGGUCAUCCAUUGUCAUUACCACCAUCACGAGGUAAUAUUGGCUUAUCACAACAUCAAUCAGUAGCUUAUCAUGGACCACCACCACCACUUCCUGGUAAACAACAACAGCAACAGCAGCAACAACAACAACAACAACAACAACAACAGCAACAGCAACAAACUGAAGCUAUGGAUAAAAUGUACAAUACAGCAAGUGGUUCUGGUGGUGAGCCUUGGCCAGCAACAACACCUGAUAUGCCAAAAAUAGUAUCACUUGAUGUUAAAUGUGAAAAAAAUUUAAUGAAAGUAUUUUUAGGUUUUGAUAAACCAUUUUAUGGUAUUGUAUUUAGUAAAGGACACUAUAGUAAUUUAAAUUGUGUACAUUUACCAGCUGGGCUAGGAAGAUCAUCAGUUAAUUUUGAAAUUGGUAUACAUACAUGUGGUACUGUUGGUAAUACAGAAAAUGGUUUAUAUGGUUAUGGUAUUGAAUCUGGUUCUGGUACAUAUUUUGAAAAUAUAAUUGUUGUACAAUAUGAUCCACAAGUACAAGAAGUUUGGGAUCAAGCAAGAAAAUUACGUUGUACAUGGCAUGAUUUAUAUGAAAAAUCAGUAACAUUUAGACCAUUUCCAGUUGAUAUGUUGGAUGUUGUAAGAGCUGAUUUUGCUGGUGAUAAUGUUGGUUGUUGGAUGCAAAUACAAGUUGGUAAAGGACCAUGGGCAUCUGAAGUAUCUGGUUUAGUUAAAAUUGGUCAAACAAUGACAAUGGUUUUGGCAAUAAAAGAUGAUGAUUCGAAAUUUGAUAUGUUAGUUAGAAAUUGUAUGGCACAUGAUGGUAAACGUGCACCAAUACAAUUAGUUGAUCAAAAAGGAUGUAUAACAAGACCAAAAUUAAUGUCUCGAUUUACUAAAAUUAAAAAUUUCGGUGCAAGUGCAUCAGUAUUAUCAUAUGCACAUUUUCAAGCAUUUAAAUUUCCAGAUUCAAUGGAAGUGCAUUUUCAAUGUACAAUACAAAUAUGUAGAUAUCAUUGUCCUGAUCAAUGCUCAGAACCUGGAUCACUAGAUUCAGCACCAGGUUUACUUGAAAAUCAUCAUCCAGAUGUCGGCUAUGGUAUUCCACCACCAUUACCACUUGAGGCAUACCUCCAAGCAGCUGCUGGUAGACCACGUGAUGAAAGAAGAAGAAAAUCUCGAGAAAUAAGUGAUAAAAGUAAAAAACAAACAUCACCUAAAAACAUUGGUGUUAAUCGUAUAAUAAGAGUUGUAUCAACUGGUGAUUUAACAUUUGCAAUUGAUGAAUCAUCUGACAAUACAACAGCAUCAGAUGAAACAAUGAUUUUUCCAGUACGUGAUAAUGCACCAGGAUCAACAAUGAUAUGUAUGACAACACCUGGAUUUGUUAUAACAUUAAUUAUUUUACUUGGAAUAUUAUUAGCAUCAUGUAUAUUAUCAGCAUAUUUAUGGAUUCGUUUACGUCCAUUUGCAAAAAAAAAAUGCAUCGUUGCUGCUGCAUACAGUGUUAACAAAAAACAAAUGCAGCCAAAAACAUGUUUUUAUUCUUAGUUAAUUCAUCAUCAAAAUAUUAUAUCAAAUAAUUUAUUUGUUACCGAAUUGACGUCACAUUUAUCUAAGUCUCAUGGUAAUGUCAUGGUACAAUCACUAAAAUAUUUAUAACAAUAAUCAUCAUCACCAUCAUCAUCAUCGUCAUAAAAGGAACAAAUGUUUUAGCGAUGUCAUAUUAUGACAAUUUUUUUUUUUUUCAAUAUGCAUAUAUUUAUAGUAAAUAAAUAAAAUGAAAUAAAAAAAAAAAAAAGAAAAAAGUUGUGUCACAUAUAUGUAUGACAUUUCCAUGGGACAUAAUAAUUUUGUGUCGCUGGGAACUUUCGUUCUACCUCUUUUGUCGCAGACCGUGCUUGGCUCGUGAAUGUCGUGAUGUACGUGGCGCACUAGAGGCUAUCAAGUACCGUGACAAAAGCACGAUUCCAUAUACAUAUGCUGAUAUAAAUACACAUAUUCCUACAAGUAUAUGUGAUACUUUUUCAGGAUGGAUAAAAAAUAAAAAAAAAAAAAAAACCAUUACAAUAAAAUGAAAAAGUAAUAAAAAAGGUAUUUAGAAAAAGGAAAAAAAAAAACAUAGCAGUAUUUACAAAUAAAUAUAUAAAAGACAGCAACCUGCAUUCACAUAUCAUUGAAAUUGCUAAAUGCACCGCCACAUGACCCCGAAGAAGAAUUCACUGACCUUAGAAUUGUGAGAGGGUCAGUGAGUCAAUGCAAUUGUAUGGAUUCGUGCUUUCUAGAAUUGAAAAAUAAAACAAAUUAUAUUAAUAACAAUAAUAACAUUAUAAUAUUAAUAAUAAAACAAAAAAAUUAAUAAUAAUAAAUAUGUGUAUGUUGACCUUGUCAUGUAGACGCAAUCAAUUUGUAUAUUAAGCUAAAAUGCACACGAUUAUAAUCGUAUACGAUUCGUCGACUGAUUAGUCAAAAUUUUCAUAUUUUAUUUAAUACGCAGGGUUAUUUAAUAUGGUGUCUAUUAUAAAUAUAAUAAUAACUAUAUUUAAAUUAUUUAGACUGUCAAGGACAGUUAAAAACUGAUAGAUGUAUGUAGAAAAUAAAUAAAUAAAUAAUUCAUUUUUGGAGAUUAUUUUUCUCCAAUCUUAGCCUCUGUGUAUCUGUAAUUUUUAAAAAUAUAAAUUUAUAAAAAAAACGGGUGGAUACACAAGUGCCUGGUAAAUAAAACUAAUUAUAUAUAUAUAUAAAUACACAUUUAAAA